AUGACGUCCACACAGAGGUGGCCAGAGCAGGGUUGGGCGCUCUUACAGCUGUUAUUGGUGGCAUCUUUUUCUCAAGCUAAGGAGCCAGUGUGCAGGAGGAGAGGGGAUCCUGAGUACCCUCACUUAUCUAAAGAUGGAGACAUUAUGUUGGGGGGAAUCUUCUCUUUCCACAGCAGCUGGAAAGAGAGGCAGGACACCUACACACACAAACCCACGCCACUUCAAUGCACCAGUUUCAGUUCCAGAGGUUUCCAGUACACCCAAGCUAUGUUCUUUGCCAUAGAGGAGAUUAAUAACAGUUCAGAUCUACUACCCGGCAUCUCUCUGGGCUAUAAGAUCUAUGAUGCCUGUGGCUCCAUUGCCAGAAGUGUGAGAGUUGGACUGGCCUUGGCUAAUGGUAAUGAGGUGUUACCUGCACCAUCAGAGGCACCAUGUACCAGACCUGCCCAAGUGCAGGCCAUCAUGGGAGAGACUUCAUCUUCUCCCAGCAUGGCUAUAGCUACUGUCAUCGGACCCUUUCAUAUCCCACUGAUCAGCCACUUUGCUACUUGUGCUUGUCUCAGUGAUAAAACUAAGUACCCAUCCUUCCUCAGAACAAUACCCAGUGACUACUACCAGAGCAGAGCCCUUGCCCAGUUGGUCAAGCACUUUGGUUGGACUUGGGUUGGAGCGAUUAGAACAAAUGAUGAUUAUGGCAAUAAUGGCAUGGCUGUAUUUACAGAAGUGGCCCAGCAGCUGGGAAUAUGCCUGGAGUACUCUGUAUUUUUCUUUAGAACAGAUCCACCAGAAAAAAUACAAAAGAUCAUUGAUAUCAUCAAGGCUUCUACUUCCAAGGUUAUUGUCACGUUUCUCUCCUACAUGGAUAUCCAUAUGUUAAUACAUGAGAUGUCUCUCCACAACUUGACUGGGUUCCAGUGGGUCGGCACUGAGGGCUGGAUCUCUGAUUCCCAAACUGCAGCCAUGGAUAAACAUCACAUUCUGGAUGGUGCCAUAGGCCUGUCCAUACCCAAAGCAUAUGUCAGUGGCUUGAGAGAGUUCAUACUGGAUCACAUAAAACAGAUUUGGUUCAAAACUAAAGAAGGAGAUGAGGUUUACUUUAAUGAGAAUGGAGACCCAGCAGCAAAGUAUGAAAUUAUAAACUGGCAGCCAACAGAAAAUGGCAUUGUGGACUUUGUCACAGUUGGUCUUUAUGAUGCAUCUUUACCUGCAGACAAACAACUUAUUCUGCAAAAUAAAUCUUUAAAUUGGGCACAGAACUCACAACAGGUGCCUUUGUCAGUGUGCAGUGAGGAAUGUUCUCCAGGAACUCGCAAGGUUCUCCAGAAAGGAAAGCCUGUCUGCUGCUAUGACUGUUUAAGAUGUGCAGCAGAUUCUAUCACCUGUGUGAGAUGCCACCCUGAGUUCUGGUCAAAUGAGAGAAGAGAUUCCUGUGUACAGAAAGAGGCAGAGUUUCUGUCAUAUGAAGAGAUUAUGGGAGCUCUGCUCACUGCAGCGUCUUUAUUUGGAACAUGCAUCACUGCUGUUGUAGCCUUCAUUUUCUUCAGAUACAGGAAAACUCCUAUUGUCAGGGCCAACAACUCUGAGCUGAGCUUCCUGCUGCUCUUCUCCUUGACUCUGUGUUUCCUGUGUUCUCUGACCUUCAUCGGCCGGCCCUCUGAGUGGUCCUGCAUGCUGCGACACACAGCGUUCGGCAUCACCUUUGUCCUCUGUAUCUCUUGUGUUCUGGGGAAAACUAUAGUGGUGUUAAUGGCCUUCAGGUCCACACUUCCUGGUAGUAAUGCAAUGAAAUGGUUUGGGCCUACACAGCAGAAAUUCAGUGUUCUGGGUUUCACUCUUAUACAAGUUAUCAUAUGUAUCCUCUGGUUAACAAUCUCUCCUCCUUUUCCAUAUAAGAAUUUCAAGGAUUUUAAAGAUAAAAUCAUCUUAGAGUGCGCUCUGGGCUCAGCUGUAGGCUUCUGGGCUGUACUUGGGUACAUAGGACUUCUGGCCAUGUUAUGUUUUAUUCUUGCUUUUCUGGCCAGGAAACUGCCGGAUAAUUUCAAUGAGGCCAAAUUCAUCACUUUCAGCAUGCUGAUAUUCUGUGCAGUAUGGCUCACUUUUAUCCCAGCGUAUGUCAGCUCUCCUGGGAAGUUCAGUGUUGCUGUGGAGAUAUUUGCUAUUCUGGCCUCCAGUUUUGGACUGCUCAUUUGUAUUUUUUUUCCAAAAUGUUACAUUAUCUUACUGAAACCAGAAAAGAAUACAAAAAAGAAUAUGAUGGGGAAGGGGGCACAACAUAAAACCCUAAAAUAA